AUGAAAUUAUUUAAUUGCUUAUUGGUAAUACUAUUGUUGGUUAUGUCCACCUUCAUAGAAACCAAUGCUGAACUAUAUAACACCUUUGUUUUAGAAUCACCGUAUUGCAAAACAUUCACUUUAUAUUUAGAUAAAUGUGAUAGCAACAUUUGUGGUGGUGGAUGUGGUAAAAUAACGACAAACUCCUCCAAUCCAAAUACUUUUUAUCUUGGUUUUUAUAAUGAUCUUGUUUGUGAUAGUAUCCAAGGUAAUUCCGCUGAAUUCGAGUGUGGCCAUAAUCCAACAAUUCUUUCACCCUUUAAAAUCUUUUGUAAAAGUGCCCCAAGUUUAUCAAUAAACAAAAACAUUUAA